CACCCACCCAUCCAUCAGUCUAGAGGUAUGUAUUCUACAGAGCCUCACGGCUCCUGCCCUCAGGUGACACCUCAUUCAUUUGUACCAGUUUGGUGGAAAGGAGAGUUUGCAGUAGUUCAUUCAAAGACUUGGAAAAUCCAGUAGAGGUCUUCAGAUCUUUUACCAGGCCCCCCCGGGGAUAGCUCCAUACUCAGGGUACUACAGGGAAGAGAUCCCAGGUGGCUCCUGGGGACACAUGUGUUCUUGGACAAGUGAGCUAAUCUCUCCAAUUUGCUUAUUUGCCUGUAAGUGACUAGGAUUAGACGACUCUACAUGGAAGCAUCCAGCCCAGGGUCCAAACCCUAGUAGAGCUGAGUGUUAUCUAGUCUCUAGAUCCUGGGGCUGCGUCUGGUCCCUGCUCCCAACGCCUGGCACCCUGCCCUCGGGAAUACCCACAGGACAGGGCUUGCCCAGCAGGGGGGGCAGAGCACCAGCCCUGGGGGGAGGCAGGCUGGAUGGGAGUGCAGCAUCAGGGGAGGGAGGCCUGGUGACUCCGCAGGAGGGUAGCCACUUCUGGGAAAGCAGGAACGGAGUCCACAUCUCUACCCAGUACCCUUUCCACAGAGCGGGCAGUGGGGCGUCUGACCCAGCAGACAUUCCUCCAACUUCUGCCUCACAAAUGUUAUUUCCCAGAAGUGCCCAAGUGUUUGGAUCAUGGAGACCAAUACCUAGAAAUGGAGUCUGAUCAAGGUGUUCAAUAUCUGGGGCAUUCCGGAAGUGGAGGGGCUAGGCAGGAUGAGCAGGGUGGGGGAGCACUGCCUGCGAGGGGCCCAAGUGGUGUGGCCUUAGGAGGGAGGGCUGCGUCAGGCCCUCUGGCAGACCCAUCUGGAACCCAUUGGUCUAGCAAUGACAGAGACCUGGGUUUGUAUCCUGGAAGUGCCACUUACUAGCUGUGUGCACAUGGGGCUGUUAUUUCGACUACGGUCCUCCGUGUUCUCAUCUAUAAAAGGGGGUGCCUAUUCUGCAGGGCUGCUAUGAGGGCCAGUGGCUAACAUGUAUGUGGAGGCUGCAUGCAUACACAGAACCCAGGCCACAGCUGGGACUCUGCAUUCGUCCAGACCCAAACUGUCCCAGACUCACGGCUAAUAUAUGAAACAAUUUUAAGGUACAAACACCAUCUUCAGUGGACUGCCAGAGCCAGACCUACUUAAUGCUCCCCUCGGUUUACAAAUAAAAACCCUCUUGAGACCUGGCAGAAGGGUAAGUCCCCAGCCAGGUGGCAGGAGGUACACAGUAUCAGAGCCUCCACUUCCUAGCUUUGACCUUCAAAUUAAAUGGGUGCAGGCUGGUCAUGUGGAUUCUUAUCUGCAGGAGGGGUUGGGUCUCUAUCAUCACCAAAUAAGAGUUCUUAAAAACUAUUCAGCGGAAACCCGGACCACAUCAGAGAGGCAGACCCUGCAGCUGAACAAAGCUCAUCUCUGGGACUGACAGAGCAUCUCUGCCGAUGUUCAACAGCACAGAUACCAUGGCUGAAGACGAUUACAAAGACCUCGGGCUCUUCGAUACUCCCAAUUCCACCAUCGAGGAGCGCCAACGCUUCGUGCAGUUCAACAAGUUCUUUCUGCCCUGCAUGUACGUGGUGGUGUUCGUCUGUGGCCUGCUGGGCAACUCUCUGGUGCUGGUCAUAUACAUCUUCUACCAGAAGCUAAGGAGCCUGACGGACGUGCUGCUGAUGAACCUGCCCCUGGCGGACCUGGUGUUUGUCUGCACGCUGCCCUUCUGGGCCUACGCGGGCAUCCAUGAAUGGGUCUUCGGCGGGGUCAUGUGCAAAGCCCUGCUGGGCAUCUACACUUUGAACUUCUACACGUCCAUGCUCAUCCUCACCUGCAUCACCAUGGACCGCUUCAUGGCCGUGGUGCUGCCCACCAAGGCCUACAACCAGCAAGGCAAGCGGAUGGGCUGGGGCAAGGCCAUCUGUUUAUCCACCUGGGUGGUCUCCCUGCUGAUGUCCUUGCCGCAGAUCAUCUAUGGCAGCGUCAGUCGCCGCGACAAAUCCAUCUGUGGUUACCACAAUGAGGAGAUGUCCACUGUGGUUCUGGCCACCCAGAUGAGCCUGGGGUUCUUCCUGCCACUGCUCGCCAUGAUUGUCUGCUACUCGGUCAUAAUCAAGACCCUGCUCCACGCCCGAGGCUUUCGGAAGCACAAGUCUCUCAAGAUCAUCUUCCUGGUGAUGGCUGUGUUCCUGCUGACCCAGACACCCUUCAACCUCGUGAAGCUCGUCGGCAGCACAAGGUGGGAGUACCACACCAUGAUCAGCUUCCACUACGCCAUCACAGUGACGGAGGCCAUCGCCUACCUGCGGGCCUGCCUCAACCCUGUGCUCUAUGCCUUUGUUGGCCUGAAGUUCCGUAGGAACUUCUGGAAACUUGUGAAAGACAUUGGCUGCCUCCCCUACCUGGGGUCCGCAAGCCAGGGGAAGUCUUCAGAGGACACUUCCAAGUCGUGUUCCGCCUCCCAGCAUGUGGAAGCCACCAGCAUGUUCCAGCUGUAGGCCUCGUGGGGCUUGGAGAAGCUGCUCAGAUGGCGGCGGCGUCUGGAUGCGGCGAGGACGGCUUUGUGUAUAGCUUAUGCACUCCAUGGAGAAGUACCCAAGCGCUGCAGCUGCUGCGGAAAGCUUCGUCGCAGGCAGGAACACAUCUGUUCUUUUCAUGAACACCCAGGCCUAAAGCUCAAAGGGGAGUCUAAAAACUGUAAGGGCUCUUCUGCCUCCAUCCCUGAGAAUCCUGGCACCAAGGCAAUGACAUCUGAUUCUAAAGACUUUCGGGUCACCUUAUCAGACUGGCACUAGAACUGAAGGUUGAAGAGGGGAGAGUGGCCAACAGAGCUGCGGAUGGCAGGUGACACUCUGGGCUCCCAAGUGCAGAAGGUCCUUCUGGCUCCUGGGAGGCAGGGGAGGUGAGAGCAGCCAUGAAUACAAGUGCUGGCCCAUUCGGCUCAGACCUCAAUCACCAGGCACCGGACAGAAAUAAGAUCAGGUUCUGCCUCACCUUGGGGUUUGGCUUUUAUGUAGGUAGAUGCUGAUGUUCUUUCUCUGAUUAAUCCUGGAAGGACUUAGCACCAGGAAACACGAAUGGGCCAAAACAAACGAGUCGGCUGAGGACUGCACCGGUCCACAGACUGCUAGAAAAGGGUGCGCAGCAGAGUCUAAGCCUGUCAUGAAUCUAAGAGGUGAUUCUGAAACAUGGGGUCUACUCAUUUAAAAACGGAAUUAUCCUAUGCCUGACACACACCCACACACACCAAACAGCAUAUAAUUUUCAUGACUAAGAAAGCUGUUUUUAAAAGCCUCCAAACUACUUUUAACCUUAGGCACAUUUUAUUUUAAUGUAGUCCACCUAGAAUAUACUAUAAGUGAUCAUUUGUGGGCUCAUGGCCCAAGAAAUAAGUGAAAACUGUAAAUGUUCAGGGCACUGCUCGCUCUAUCAAGGAAGUAGAACGUACCAGUGAAAACGGCCCAGCUCCUUUGCUGUGGCUUCCAACCUCCUGCCCAUGAGGGGAGGUGCAUUUGUUUCACCUCCAUAAUGUGGCCUUGGGAUGAGGCAGUUUUAAAUGUCAGGCACCUGUGCAUGUUCACAGACCCUGACAGUCUGCUCAAUAGGCUUAACGUUGCCUUUUUGGCUCAUGCAUCACAAAUCACUCACUGUACUAUGGAGAGCCAGCGGAUGCCAGGUGAUGGCAGUACACGAGGUGGGCCAGGAUGGCUCAGGGUUGCAGAGACCAGACCUGAACCCCAGCUCUGCCCCGCACUAGCUGGUAGGACCAGUGGGGAAUCUCUUAGCCUCGUUCAUUUUGGUGAAACGUGGACCAUACCAGCACCCAGCUCUCAGGGCUGGCAUGGGGAGGACAUGAGAUAAUGCACACAAAACGUUUAGCACAGUCUGCAUUCAUGGGCAGAAGGGCUGCAAAACACCAGGAGCUUUGUUCUUACAAGAACUAGUACGACUACUCAGCUUUAAAACAAGAUGGAACACUGCCAUUUGCGACAACAUGGGUGAAUCUUGAGAGUAUCAUGCUAAGCGAAGUCAGUCAGGCAGAAAAGGACAUGAAUCAUGUGAUUUCACUUACAUGAGGGAUAUAAAACAGAAAGCAACAAAUGAAUUAACAUAACAAACAAACAAAUCUCACUGACACAGACAACGGUACGGUGGUUACCAGACAGGAAGGCGGGUACAGAGAGGUUGAAGACAGUAAAGGGGGCAAAAUACAUGGUGAUGGAAGGAAACUAGACUUUGGGUAGAGAGCACACAAUGCAAUGGAUAGA